UAGCUCCGCCUUUAUGCACGGCACUAACUUCAGUUUUUAGGUUGAGUAGACGCUUGUUCUGAUGGAGGGCAUAGCGUUCACUUAAUUUGUGUCAGUUUGUCGUGGCACAGUGAUCAUUUGGGAAUGAAGCUACACGCGUUUUUAACCUUAUUUCUAUAUGAAAAUGGGCUCACUUGGAAAAUGUAUUGCCAGUGAUACGAUUAUGUCUUUAUGCUGCGUGCGCAGUCAGCGUGAUUUGCUAAGGCGAUACUACUAGCUAACCUAGCUUAGCCCCAAGCCAAGGAUUGUUUUGGGAGAUACCUGCUUGGGAAACUCACACGUCGACACAUGAAUUAGACACUUUUUGUCCAAUUUCAUCAAGGUGGAAUACAAAAGGGAAUGUCGAACCAAGGAGUACGGAGAAAUGGCCCAGUAAAACUGCGCUUGACAGUCCUGUGUGCAAAGAACUUGGCAAAGAAAGACUUUUUUCGAUUGCCGGAUCCUUUUGCUAAAGUAGUGGUGGAUGGUUCUGGACAGUGCCACUCUACAGAUACUGUGAGAAAUACUCUUGACCCAAAGUGGAAUCAACAUUAUGAUCUUUAUAUUGGAAAGACAGACUCCAUUACUAUCAGCGUAUGGAACCACAAGAAGAUCCACAAAAAGCAGGGCGCAGGUUUUCUGGGCUGUGUCCGCCUCCUGUCCAACGCCAUCAACAGACUUAAAGACACAGGCUAUCAGAGAUUGGAUCUGAAUAAGCUGGGCCCCAAUGACAACGAUACUGUGAGAGGACAGAUAGUUGUGAGUCUACAGUCCAGAGAUCGCAUCGGGACAGGGGGUCCAGUAGUGGACUGCAGUCGUCUGUUUGACAAUGACUUGCCUGAUGGCUGGGAAGAGAGGAGGACAGCCUCUGGAAGGAUACAGUACCUGAACCACAUCACACGCACCACACAGUGGGAGAGACCUACCAGGCCAGCGUCAGAGUACUCCAGCCCAUCGGGGCGUCCCCUGAGCUGUGUGGUGGAUGAGAACACGCCAGUGAUGACUCCCGUUAACGGGGCUGUGGCCUGCGGUCCUCCAGGCGAACAACGCGUUCAGGAGAGACGGGUUCGAUCACAGAGGCAUCGGAAUUACAUGAGUCGAACUCACUUACAUACUCCGCCCGACCUGCCAGAGGGUUACGAGCAAAGAACAACCCAGCAGGGCCAAGUCUAUUUCCUUCAUACUCAGACUGGAGUCAGUACUUGGCAUGAUCCCCGGGUACCCAGGGAUCUCAGUAAUGUUAACUGUGAGGAGCUUGGUCCACUGCCACCAGGCUGGGAGAUCAGGAACACUGCCACCGGCCGCGUCUACUUUGUCGACCACAACAACCGAACAACACAGUUCACAGACCCUCGAUUGUCUGCUAACCUGCAUCUAGUACUCAACCCAAGUCCAAAUGGUUCCCGUGUGGCCAUGGACAUCCAAAACACUAACCUCAGUCACCCAACACAGUUAAAGGACCAGGGUUGUCCUGGGGGGCCCCAGCAAGCUCUGUCCCCAGCUCAGCUACCUGAAGAGGCGGAGUGUCUGACAGUGCCCAAAUACAAGAGAGAUCUGGUGCAGAAGCUGAAGGUCCUGCGACAGGAACUUUCACAGCAACAACCCCAAGCAGGUCACUGUCGCAUCGAAGUUAGCCGGGAGGAGAUCUUUGAGGAGUCAUACCGGCAGGUGAUGAAGAUGCGCCCCAAGGAUCUCUGGAAAAGACUGAUGAUAAAGUUCAGAGGAGAAGAGGGACUGGACUAUGGAGGCGUAGCAAGGGAGUGGUUAUACCUGUUGUCGCAUGAGAUGCUGAACCCAUACUAUGGCUUGUUUCAAUACUCCAGAGAUGACAUCUACACUCUACAGAUCAACCCAGACUCUGCGGUCAACCCAGAGCAUUUGUCAUAUUUCCACUUUGUGGGUCGUAUCAUGGGCAUGGCGGUGUUUCACGGUCAUUACAUUGACGGAGGCUUCACGCUGCCCUUCUACAAGCAGCUGCUUGGAAAACCAAUCACGCUGGAGGACAUGGAGUCAGUCGACCCAGACCUCCACAACAGCCUUGUUUGGAUUCUAGGAAAUGACAUCACUGGAGUCCUGGACCACACCUUCUGCGUGGAGCACAACGCCUACGGAGAGAUAAUCCCACAUGAACUCAAGCCCAACGGGAAGAGCAUCUCUGUGACCGAGGACACCAAGAAGGAGUAUGUCAGGCUAUAUGUGAACUGGCGUUUCCUUCAUGGCAUCGAGGCUCAGUUUUUAGCCCUGCAGAAAGGCUUCAAUGAGGUCAUCCCACAGCACCUGCUCAAAGCCUUCGAUGAGAAGGAACUGGAGCUGAUAGUGUGCGGCCUGGGGAAGAUCGACAUCGCUGACUGGAAGUCCAACACCCGGCUGAAGCACUGCACCCCUGACAGCAACAUUGUCAAAUGGUUUUGGAAAGCUGUGGAGUCCUUUGACGAGGAGAGGAGGGCGCGGCUGCUGCAGUUUGUCACCGGCUCUUCUAGAGUCCCACUACAAGGCUUUAAGGCUUUACAGGGUGCUGCUGGACCCAGACUCUUCACCAUUCAUCAAAUUGAUGCCAACACCAACAACCUGCCCAAAGCCCAUACCUGUUUCAACCGGAUUGACAUUCCUCCCUACGAGAGCUACGAGAAACUGUACGACAAGCUACUGACAGCGAUCGAGGAGACGUGUGGCUUUGCAGUGGAAUGAGAGCCGAGCUGAAGAACCUUCAUGUUAACGUGCGCAGGGCUCCUCCCAUAAACUAUUAACAUCAUCACAACAAGCCGCUUAGAUCUCCCCGAGCGUCCUGCUGUCGCUCUUCUCCCACUUUUCUUUUAUCUGAACAGCUGCUAGAGUCAUCCCAUUAACGCUGUUUCAUUUGAACACGUUUGCUUUGUUAUUGUGAGGUGUGUUUGGCUUUCAGACAACACAAUAAACAUAUGUUCAAGUUUAAUUAGGAAACCUCAAACUAUUUUAUUAACCCUUAGACACUCGACAACAAUGAUUGACCUUUUCUCUAAUUUAUUCUGGUCAGGCUACAGAACCGAACCCUGCAGGUAGCUGCACCUUUCCCUCAGAAGCCAUCUUAACCUCAGUCACAAUCUCUUCCAGCCAUUCGCCUACAGAGUUCACAGUUUUAGGGGCAGUUUUAAUUCAUCCUACCUCAGUGUAAUCUUUUUGAUAUUUUAAAGUUUUCACUUUAACGUUUCAUCUUUAAAGUGGCGCUUUAUCUCAGAUUUAGAAGAAAAUAAGUUUCUACAGCAGUGGUUCAUAAAUAAUUUGCUCACA